UAGGUUACUAUCCCUGGUGGCGGAUAUCGCCUGCCAGAGUUUCCCACCAGGGUUCCAGUUCGGAGUGGCCACCUCCUCCUACCAAAUCGAGGGGGCAUGGAAUGUCAGUGACAAGGGUGAAAAUAUCUGGGACCACCUGCUUCACAUCAGACCAGAGUUCGUGGUAGACCAGAGUAAUGGUGACGUGGCCUGUGACUCCUACCACCUCUGGGAGCAAGAUCUCGACCUCAUUGCGGAUAUGGGACUGGAUUUCUACAGAUUCUCCAUAAAUUGGGCUCGGCUCCUUCCAACGGGGUUCGCUAACAAGAUCAGCGCAGACGGUUGGCGCUACUACGGGGAUCUGAUCUCCGGACUGCGCGCGCGCAGCAUCGCGCCUGUAGUUACGCUGUACCAUUGGGAACUGCCGCAAAGCCUGCAAGACCUCGGAGGCUGGGCGAACCCCCUGUCGGUGGAGUGGUUCGCGGACUACGCGCGUGUGGUCUUCAGUCUGUACGCCGACCAGGUGGACACCUGGAUCACCAUCAACGAACCCAUCUACGCGUGUGAACCUGCUUACAGAGGCAUUGUAGCCCCAGGACUUGUGAACGAGGUGGGGGCGCUGCUGUGCUCUAAGUACAUCUUGCUUGCGCACGCGGCGGCCUACAGGAUUUAUGAAGAGGAGUUCAAACCUAAAUAUGGCGGUGAAGUGUCCGUUGCCAACCACGAGUUCUGGUUCGAGCCGAAAACUGAAGCAGACCUGGAUAUAACAGUAUUGGCCAGAGACUACGCGUUCACCCGCUUCUCUUACCCCAUAUAUUCAGCCGAAGGGGGCUGGCCGCCGCUGCUAGAAGCAUUUAUGGAAAAAAAGAGUAAAUCGGAGGGAUACCCUCGGUCCAAACUGCCUGCGUUUACUCCAGAAGAAAUCCAACUGCUGAAAGGUUCGUACGACUUUUUCGGCAUAAACCACUACACUUCGAGGACGGUUCGAGCUGCGCUGCCUGGUGAAGAAAUAGGGGCGUUUUCAGUGGACGGAUUCGAUGAAAUCGAUGCUGUACUCGAGAGUAGACCCGAGUGGGGAUCUGGACUGGGUUGGCUCAAAAUUAACCCAGAAGGUCUCAGGAACGUGCUGAACCGGAUCAAACAACAGUAUGGAGAUAUUAAGAUCAUGAUCACAGAAAAUGGAUUCUCUGAUUUUAGUACAGACUUGAAUGACAUUGGACGAAUCGAGUACUAUAAAAGCUAUUUAGAACAGGUGCUGCUGGCUAUAAACGAAGAUAAAGUGAACGUGGUGGGAUAUACGGCGUGGUCGCUCCUUGACAACUUCGAGUGGAACUCUGGCUAUCAGUCACACUUCGGUAUGCACGCGGUAGAUUUCUCGGACCCCCGUCGCACGCGCACCCCUAAAGCAUCGGCGGGGUACUACAAGAGCGUCGCGGUUGCAAAAUCUUUAGACGUAGGGAAUUUUACCCAGUGGCGUAGUUAGGCGAGGACGAAGUGGGCCGUCGCCCUCGGCCUUGCGCCCCAAGGGGGGCCUCGCGCGAGACCCCUUCGGGCACAGUGAAAGAAAAAGGCCUCACAGAUACAACUUCGCCCACGACUAGAUUAGUUA